AUGGUUACUCCCAGGGACAGCGGCGCCCCAGGGGACUCUCGCAGGGAUUCUCUCAGGGGCGGCAGCGCCCAUACGGAUCUUCCCAGGAACGGCAGAGCCUCCAAGGCCCCUCCCAGGAGCGGAGGCAACCCGAGGAAUCCUCUCAGGGCGGCGACGCCCCCAGGAGUACUCCCAGGGGUGGUGGUGCCUCCAGAGGCCCAACCAGGGAUAGUGGCUCCCCCAGGGUCACUCCCAGUGACAACGGUACCCCCAGGGAAAUCUCAGGGACCCUCCCAGGAGCGGUGGCAAGCCAGGGACCCUCCUAGGAGCGGUGGCGCGGCCAGGGACCCUCCUAGGAGCGGUGGCGCGGCCAGGGACCCUCCUAGGAGCGGUGGCACGGCCAGGGACCCUCCUGGGCGGUGGCUGUGCUGA